AUGGGGACCAGGAGGGUGCUGGUGACUGGAUGCUCCUCCGGCAUUGGCCUGGCUGUGGCCGCACGCCUGGCUAAAGAUGAGCUGAGACGGUUUAAAGUGGUGGCCACAAUGAGGGAUCUCGGAAAACGGGGGCCCUUGGAAAAGGCGGCAGGAGCUUUCUUAAACAAAACCCUGGAAAUCAAACAGCUGGAUGUGUGUUGUGAAGCCUCCAUCAGAGAGUGUGUCAACAGCCUGCCGGAUAGAAGGGUGGAUAUCCUUGUGAAUAAUGCAGGUGUUGGCAUGAUCGGGCCACUGGAGUGCCAAAGUAUUGCUGCCAUGAAGGAGCUCUUCGACACAAACUUCUUCGGGCUGGUGCGGCUGGUGAGAGAGGUGCUGCCCGGCAUGAAGCGACUGCAGAGCGGCCACAUCGUCGUGAUGAGCAGCGUCAUGGGAAUACAGGGGCUUCUGUUCAAUGACGUCUACUCUGCCUCUAAAUUUGCUGUGGAAGGAUUUUGUGAAAGUCUGGCAGUGCAGGCAAUGAAGUUUAACAUCAAGACGACUCUUGUGGAACCUGGCCCUGUGGUGACGGAGUUUGAAAGAAAAGUGUACGAAGAUGCCGAGGGGAUGGAUCUAUCAGGGACAGACCAGGAGACGGCCAAAAUCUUCCAUGAAGUUUACCUGCCAUACUCCAAAAAGGUCUUUGCCUCAUUAGGCCAGACACCGGCAGAAGUGGCCGAGCAAACAGUUCAAGUCAUCACGGCCAAGGAACCUCCUCUGCGCCACCAGACCAACCGCCUCUACAUGCCCAUGACUGCACUGAAACAUGCAGAUCCAAGCGGCCGCCUUCCUCUGGAAACCUUUCACAAGAUGAUCUUUAAACACGACCGGGUGCUCAAUGCUACUCUGGCUUUUCUUCGAAUGCUGCAGCGAAGAGGAGGAGAGAAAUUAUGA